GUGAGUAAGACAGUGAGUGAGUGUGCAGCUGAGGUGAGCUGAGCUGAGCUGGGUUCGUCCCCCCUGGCCUGGUCUCCUCCCCCAUUCCCAUUGCCUCCCACCUUCCUCCACCUCUCUCCGUCCGUCCGUCCGCCCCCUUUCCCCACGCCACCGCCGCCCCCCGCCGCGCCGACCAUCUCCGGCGCCCGCCCCACAAGCAACCAGAGCAGAGCAGGGAACAAAUGCCGGCCAGGACGACGACGACGACGGCUCUCUAGCAAAAAAAAAGGCACCCCAGCCUCCAGAUUAACUAGUGAAAUGGAGGGCUGCGACUGCAUCGAGCCGUUCUGGCCGACCGACGACCUCCUCAUCAAGUACCAGUACAUCUCCGACUUCUUCAUAGCGCUCGCCUACUUCUCCAUCCCGCUCGAGCUCAUCUACUUCGUCAAGAAGUCGUCCUUCUUCCCCUACCGAUGGGUGCUCAUCCAGUUCGGCGCCUUCAUCGUCCUCUGUGGGGCCACCCACCUCAUAAACCUCUGGACCUUCACCAUGCACACCAAGACCGUCGCCAUCGUCAUGACCGUCGCCAAGGUCUCCACGGCCGUCGUGUCCUGCGCGACCGCCCUCAUGCUCGUCCACAUCAUACCCGACCUGCUGAGCGUCAAGACGAGGGAGCUGUUCCUGAAGAAGAAGGCCGACGAGCUUGACAGGGAAAUGGGGCUGAUACGCACGCAGGAGGAGACGGGGAGGCAUGUCAGGAUGCUCACCCAUGAGAUCAGGAGCACGCUUGACAGGCACACCAUCCUCAAGACUACUCUGGUUGAGCUAGGGAGGACGCUGGGUCUGGAGGAGUGUGCCUUGUGGAUGCCGUCCCGGAGCGGUUCGAGCCUUCAGCUAACUCACACCCUGCGCCACCAGAUCCCCGCUGGCUCAUCUGUGCAGAUUAACCUCCCUGUUGUCAACCAAGUCUUCAGUAGCAACCGAGCGAUCAUCGUGCCUCAUACGUCUCCCUUGGCAAGGAUCCGCCCUGUUCAAGGCCGGUAUGUCCCACCGGAGGUAGCUGCUGUGAGAGUCCCCCUGCUGCAUCUUUCAAACUUCCAGAUAAAUGACUGGCCCGAGCUUUCGGCGAAAAGCUACGCGAUUAUGGUUUUGAUGCUCCCGUCUGAUAGCGCGAGGAAAUGGCAUGUUCAUGAACUGGAGCUCGUCGAGGUCGUCGCGGAUCAGGUAGCCGUUGCCCUCUCUCACGCGGCUAUUCUUGAAGAAUCCAUGCGGGCCCGUGACCUACUCAUGGAGCAAAACGUUGCCCUAGAUUUAGCUCGGCGAGAUGCUGAAACGGCAAUACGUGCUCGCAAUGACUUCUUAGCUGUGAUGAAUCAUGAGAUGCGAACCCCGAUGAACGCGAUAAUAGCCCUCUCCUCCUUGCUACUAGAAACUGAGCUUACCCCUGAGCAGCGCCUAAUGGUGGAAACAGUGUUGAAAAGCAGCAACCUUUUAGCGACGCUCAUCAACGACGUCUUGGAUCUUUCUAAACUCGAGGAUGGGAGUUUCGAACUGGAUAUUAGUGCAUUCAAUCUUCAUGCUGUUUUCAAAGAGGUGAUGAGUUUCGUCAAGCCGAUUGCUGCCAUAAAAAAACUUUCCGUGUCGGCUAUGUUAUCCCCUGAUUUGCCCCUAUCUGCCAUCGGUGAUGAGAAGCGACUCAUGCAAACUGUUCUUAAUGUCUGCGGCAAUGCCGUUAAGUUCACCAAGGAGGGGCACAUCUCGCUCUUAGCGUCGGUUGUGAAGUCUGAUGCCCUAAGAGAGUUCAGAAGCACCGAUUUCCAUCCGGCUGCGACUGAUGGUCAUUUCUAUGUAAAAGUUCAGGUUAAAGAUACAGGGUGUGGCAUCAGCCCCCAGGAUCUAUCCCAUGUCUUCACAAAGUUUGCUCACACGCAGAGCGGCGGGAACCAGGGGUACAAUGGCAGCGGCCUCGGGCUCGCCAUUUGCAAGAGGUUUGUGGGCCUGAUGGGCGGGCACAUAUGGCUGGAGAGCGACGGGGCGGGGAAGGGCUGCACGGCGACGUUCGUGGUGAAGCUGGGGGCGUGCGACACAUACCAGCAGCCGGCGGUCCCUCUGGUGUGGCCGAGCCACGCCGGGUCCGACCCGUCUGGCCCGGCUCGUAGAGAAGAGAGAGGGCUGUCUAACCUGAAACCUAGGUACCAGAGGAGUAUAUGACAUGGUAACCGAUGAUUGAUCGUCUAAUUUUGUGUCCGGAAGAUACUUCCGGUGCUCGGAGUAUGUUUGUUGUACACAAGAUGUAAAGAAGACGACGGUCCUGUAAUCGAUCUGAUGGAUGUUGCUGUGCGGUUAAUAGGGCAUGGCAACAGUGGUAGGGUACCCGUUGCAAGGAAAUUUGCGAUGAACUCGCAACAGUUGUUGCACC